AACACAUGCUGCUGCACUGAGCACCUAGUCUGCCGACAGAGGCACAUAUGUAUACCGACUGAUCACUGUUGCAGCUGACACAUACAGUGCGAGUAUUGUAAAGAAACUGGAAGAAUGUCUCAAUGGCAUCAACUCCAUCAACUGGAUGCACAACUCCUGGAAAAAGUAGACCAGUUGUAUGAUGAUACAUUUCCCAUGGAGGUCCGUCAAUUCCUGGCUGUUUGGCUAGAAAACCAGGAUUGGGAACUUGCCUCGAAUAAUGAUUCACUGGCCACCCUUCUCUUCCAUAACUUAUUAAAACAAAUAGAUGAUCAGUACAGCCGUUUCUUCCUAGAGAAGAAUUUCCUUCUUCAACACAACCUGAAAAGAAUUAAACAAAACCUGCAGGUACAAUAUCUUGGAAAUCCUUUACAUAUGGCAUCAGUUAUAGCAAACUGCCUCAGGGAAGAACGGAAGAUCCUCACAACAGUCAACACUCCUGAACAGGAACAUGAAGAAAAGUUACUGCAGAGCUCAAUGAUUUCUGAAAGACAAAGAAGUCUAGAACAUCGAAUGACUGCUAUAAAGACCAAUACACAGUUUGUGGAACAAGACGUAAAAUACCUUGAGGACCUGCAGGAUGAGUUUGAUUUCAGAUAUAAGACACUACAAACACAAGAACACAGUGAUAGAAACAGCGUUCACAUGAAGGAAGAGGUUUUUCGGUUACAGGGCAUGCUCAAUCAGCUGGAUCAUAAACGAAAGGAGGUACUCCAUAAGAUUACAGAGCUGUUAAACCAAAUGGAUUUCCUAAUGAACAGACAACUGUUUGAAGAGCUAACAGAUUGGAAACGACGGCAGCAAAUUGCCUGCAUAGGAGGUCCACACAAUACGUGCCUUGAUCAGCUGCAGAAUUGGUUUACAUUGUUUGCAGAGAGCUUAUUUCAGGUCAGAAGACAGCUAAAAAAGCUAGAGGAGCUGCUGCAGAAAGUGACCUAUGAUGGAGAUCCAAUGCCUCUGCAAAGACCUCAUUUGGAGGAAAGAGUGAACAUCUUAAUUUACAGUUUCAUCAAAAGUUCUUUUGUGGUGGAGAGACAGCCUUGUAUGCCAACUCAUCCACAGAGAGCGAUGGUCCUAAAAACAGGAGUACAAUUUACUGUCAAGAUAAGGUUUUUAGUGAAACUACCUGAGUUAAACUACCAGCUAAAAGUGAAAGCUACAAUUGACAAGGAGAGUUCAACAGCAAGAGGAUAUCGCAAAUUUAAUAUAUUAGGCACGAAUACCAAAGUAAUGAAUAUGGAAGAAUCAGUCAAUGGGAGUCUCUCUGUGGAAUUCAGGCACUUGCAACUUAAAGAACAGAAGUCAUCAGCAGGAACUAAAGGAAAUGAGGGUCCUCUCAUUGUCACAGAGGAGCUCCAUUCAAUAAAUUUUGAAACACAGUUUAGUCAUCAAGAUUUAAUUAUAGAUUUAGAGACCAGUUCUUUGCCUGUGGUGGUCAUCUCGAAUGUAAGCCAGCUGCCCAGUGGUUGGGCUUCUGUUAUAUGGUACAACAUGUUAAUGAAUGAUCCCAAGAAUUUGACUUUGUUCACCAACCCUCCCACUGCCACUUGGAGUCAGCUCUCAGAGGUGCUAAGUUGGCAGUUCUCCUCUUACGUGGGGCGAGGUCUGAAUCCUGACCAGCUCAAUAUGUUGGCAGAGAAACUGCUAGGACAGCAGGUGAAUUACAAUGAUUGCCACAUUUCAUGGAAUAAAUUCUGUAAGGAGAAUCUGCCAAACAGAUUCAGUUUCUGGUUGUGGUUGGAUGGAAUCCUGGAACUCAUCAAGAAGCACCUUUUGACUUUGUGGAUUGAUGGAUACAUUGUGGGGUUUGUGAGUAAGGAGAAGGAACGCGCAUUACUGAAGGAUAAACCAUCUGGCACUUUCCUGCUGCGGUUCAGUGAAAGCAGCAGGGAUGGUGCUAUCACCUUCACCUGGGUGGAUCGAUCUGAAAACGGAGAAAUGAAAUUUCAUUCUGUGGAACCUUAUUCCAAGAGCCAGUUGUUAGCAGUUCCUUUGCCUGAUAUUAUCCGAGACUACAAAGUAAUGGUGGCUGAAAAUAUCCCAGAGAACCCACUGCAGUAUCUAUAUCCUGAUAUUCCAAAGGAUAAGGCAUUUGGGAAGCAUUACAAUAAUAAGCCAAAAGAAGUUUCUGAACCUACUGAGACAGAGAAGAAAGGCUACAUUUCCUCAAGGUUUAUCCCAUUCUCUGAAUUUCCAAAUGCUUCCACGGCUCCAGUUUCUUCAUCGGACUUACUUCCUAUGUCACCAGGAGUAUAUGCUGAACUGAAACAGCAGCUGAGUCCAGCGGAAAUCGAGACUGCUGAGGAGGAACAGGCUGCUAGUGUUGCCAACAGUCCCACAUUGGACAGGAUGCCCUGUAUUUAAAUGGAAAUUGGAUGUCUUUACAAUAUCAGAUUGGAUGUUUUUGCCGAC